AUGGCAUCAGCAUUCUCAAGAGCUUCAAUCCCAAAACCAUACAAUGAGCCAAUGCUCAACUACGAAGUUGGUUCAGUACAAAGAAAAUUAUUAAAGGAAGCAUGCGCCAAGCUUAGAAACGAAACAAUCGAAAUCCCAUGUAUUGUUGGUGGUGAAGAAAUCAAGACUGGCGAUGUCCAAAAGCAAUUGAUUUGCUCUGAUAACAAGAAGGUUCUCUGUACCUUCCACCAAGCCAAUGCCGAAGUCCUCCAAAAGGCUAUCGACAACUCGUUGGCCGCCAAGUCCAAGUGGGAAGCUCUUCCAUUCGAAGACCGUGCCGCCAUCUUCUUGAAGACCGCCGACUUGCUCAACACCAAGUACCGUUAUGAGAUCUUGGCCGCCACAAUGUUGGGUCAAGGAAAGACCGUCUGGCAAGCCGAAAUCGAUGCCGCCGCUGAAACCAUUGACUUUUUGCGUUUCAACCCAAAGUAUGCCGAGGAGAUCUACAGCCAACAGCCACCAGCCAACACCAACGGUUGCUGGAAUCGUGUUGAGUACCGUCCACUCGAGGGUUACGUCGUUGCCAUCUCGCCAUUCAACUUUACAGCCAUCGGUGCCAAUCUCCCAUCGUCACCAGCUUUGAUGGGUAACGUCGUUCUCUGGAAGCCAGCAUCGACCGCCAUCCUUUCCAACUACAUCGUCUUCAAGGCAUUCCGUGAAGCCGGUCUCCCAGACGGUGUCAUCCAAUUCCUCCCAGGUAGCGGACGUCUCGUCGGUGACAUCUUGAUUAACAACCGUAACUUUGCCGGUCUCCACUUCACCGGAUCCACUGGUGUCUUCAACGGAAUCUACCAAAAGACUGCCGCCAACUUGAGCGCCGGUCUCUACCGUGGUUACCCAAGAAUCGUCGGUGAAACCGGUGGUAAGGAUUUCCACUUCCUCCACAACUCUGGUGAAGUCGACCACUUUGUCUUUAACACAUUGAGAGCCUCCUUCGAGUACCAAGGUCAAAAGUGUUCCGCUUGUUCACGUGCCUACAUUCCAGCCUCUUUGUGGCCAACCAUCAAGGAGAAGUUGGUCUCCAACGUAAAGGAAAUGAAGCAAGGUCAAUCCGACGACUUCUCAGUGUUUGUCUCUGCAGUCAUCGAUAAGAAUUCCUUCAACAAUAUUAAAUCAUACAUUGAUCACGCCAAGGCUUCAGCCGACGCCGAAAUCAUCGUUGGUGGUGGUUGUGAUGACUCUGUUGGUUGGUUCGUUGAGCCAACUAUUAUCGUCGCCAAGGAUCCACACUACAAGUCAAUGGAAGAAGAGAUUUUCGGUCCAGUUUUGACCAUCUACGUAUAUGAAGAUUCUAAAUUCGAGGAAACCUUGAGACUUUGUGAUACUACUUCACCAUAUGCCCUCACUGGUUCAAUUUUCGCCAAGUGUAGAUAUGCAGUUCAAACUGCCAACCAAAUUUUGAAGAGUGCUGCCGGUAACUUCUAUAUCAACGACAAGUGUACUGGUGCAGUUGUUGGACAACAACCAUUUGGUGGUGCUCGUGCCUCAGGUACCAACGAUAAGGCUGGUGCUUCAUUGAACUUGUUGCGUUGGGUAUCUGCUCGUACCAUCAAAGAGAAUUUCGUACCAUUGACCACCUGGAAGUAUCCAUACAUGGCUCCAGAAAACUAA